AUGCACGGUCAGCUGAUGCAGCGCUUUGAAAGGAUGCAGCUAAAUCUGCACAUGGUGAAGGAUUUCUUAGAGCUGAUCGUCGGCGUAGGGUUCUAUCUCUUCGAGGCCUUCGUGCGACUGCUGGUCCAGCCAGCCUGGAAGGACGUGGAGGGGGAAAUCGUGUUGGUGACGGGAGCAGCUCAGGGUCUUGGCAAGCUCAUAGCAGAGGAACUGGGUCACCUGGGUGCCACCUUGGUCCUCUGGGAUGUGAACCGGGAAGCCCUGGAGAAAACGGCCAAGGAGCUAAGGAGCACUUUAGACGUGCGUGUCUACGCUUACGCUUGCGACUGCAGCAGGCGCACUGAGGUCUACCGCACUGCAGAGCUGGUGAAGAGGGAGGUUGGGGAUGUGUCCAUCCUGGUAAACAAUGCUGGAGUCGUCACAGGGAAGUACACCUUCACGGAGGCUCCGGACAACCUGGUGGACCGAACACUGAGGGUUAAUAUAGCUGCUCAUUUCUGGACUUACAAAGCAUUCCUGCCAGAUAUGAUAUCCCGGAACCAUGGGCAUCUUGUGUGUAUAGCCUGCCACGGAGGACUCUUUGCUAUGAAUGGCUUGGCAGAUUAUUGUGCCAGCAAGUUUGCAGCGAUUGGAUUUGCAGAGUCCAUUGCCCUGGAGCUCCGGGUUCUUCAGAAGGAGGGGAUUAAAACCACAAUUGUGUGCCCUUAUUUGAUCAAUACAACAAUGUUUCAGGGAUGCCAAACAAAGUGGCCAUCAUUCCUGCCAGUGAUGGACAAGAAAGCUGCUGCCAAGAGAAUUGUGGAUGCCAUCCUCCGCGAGAAGAUGUACUUACUGCUGCCCUCCAGCCUUUACCUCCUGAUGGCUCUGAAAAGUUUCAUGCCUACUAGGCUAGGGAUCCUUUUCAUCAACUUCUUUGGGGGUUUGGACCUCAUGAACCAGUUCAGGGGGGUCCCAAUGCCUAUUGUUUCCUACAAGAGACAACAGCGCCAGAGAGAGAACAACAUCAUUGGAGACUGACAACAUGUGUAGACAGAUUAGAGCUAAACCAUCAA